UUUACUUUUAGGCAGUUCCCUAUCAGUCAGCCACACGCAUCCGAGCCGAGCUGAAGCUAACUACAGCCAUGGACAGCACUAGGAGAUCUGAAAUCUAAUCGCAUGCAUCAUACCUCCGGGAUAUUUUUUUAAAUUACAUAUAUAAACACGCCAACAGGCAGCCGCGCUCGCACACACACAUAUACAUCCACACGUCGGCAGAGCCGCCAGCACCCGCACGGCUGCUGAGCAAACACCUUGUCUCUUCUCGCAGGAUAUACCCGCUCACACACAUCUCUCUUUAUCUCCUCCUGGCUUCCCGGAGGAUUGUGCCGACUGUUUUUCAUGGAGAAAGUCCAGGGAGAAAUGGAGAUUGAGAGAUGGGAAAGAAGUGAAGAGAUUUCAGACGCAGAAAAAAAGGUUAUUCAAGAGACAUGGAGCAGAGUAUAUGCAAACUGCGAGGACGUUGGGGUCUCCAUACUCAUCAGGUUUUUUGUCAACUUCCCAUCGGCCAAGCAGUACUUCAGCCAGUUCAAGCACAUGGAGGACCCGCUGGAGAUGGAGAGGAGCUUGCAACUGCGUAAGCACGCUCGGCGGGUCAUGGGUGCCAUUAACACUGUGGUGGAGAACAUCAAUGACUCUGAAAAGGUCUCCUCUGUUCUGGCGCUGGUGGGCAAGGCCCAUGCCCUCAAGCACAAAGUGGAGCCCAUCUACUUUAAGAAACUCACUGGUGUCAUGCUGGAGGUCAUUGCUGAAGAAUACGCCAACGACUUCACCCCCGAGGCGCACGGCGCCUGGACCAAGAUGAAGACCCUCAUCUACACCCACGUGACGGCGGCGUACAAGGAGGUGGGCUGGGCGCAGUACCCCACCGCCACCCUGUGAGCGGCCAGCGGGGCCGGGCGAGGGGCAGGGAGGGCUUCGCUCACCCCAGGACUUCACUCUGGUCUCUUCUAAAGAUCUUCGUUCAGUCUGGGGAGCCCGGUAGGGCCAGCUCUGUUAGCUGCCAAGUCACAAUUUGAUCUCCAUGGGGUUUAAAAACAAACUAAAUAAGCCAAAAAAAUAGAACCACGAAGGGUGUGGGUGGGUCGGGGUGAAGCAGUUGCAGGGGACACUGGAAGGGGAUGCAGAG